UAACCCUAAUUUGACUAGUUUUACUUUAUUUAAAUAAUAUAAUUGACCUAUUAAUUUAAUUAAAUUAUGCAUUAAUUAGGGUUAAUCAUGGUCCAAAUCUCUUUUCACUUUGUAUGUGGUCCAAAGCUAACCACCACUUAGACUAAAGUACAAAACGGGGUAUUGAGAGGCUGGUAAGCAUUGAAGAUAAGAUUUAGAUGACAGAUUGAGAGGGUGGUGAGUAAGCAUUGAAGAUAAGAUUUAGAUGAACUGAACUUAGGGUGAAUCGAUAGUUGGUGACGGUGGUCAAAGAGACUCUGACGUUUAAAUUAGAUCAUGAGGCAAAAAAUAAAGCAUAAAAUGAAUAGGUCAAGAUUAAAUUGAAUAACCUAAUAUUUGUGGCCUUUAUUUAUAGUAGUAGGAAUAUAUGUCGUAAAGAAACUCGAAUUGUUGGUUGAUUGGCUAAACUCUGUCACCAAGUCCAAUAAGUACAUGGUAGAAUUUAAUUAGCACUUUGAGCCCUCGAUCCUAAUCACCAAUCCCUGAUUGCUAGAGAGAGAGAGAGAAUGGACGUGAUGGAAGCACUUUUCAUGAACGGAGGAGAAGUAGAAUCAAGUUAUGCUCAACACGCAUUCUUUACGCAAAAAGUGACUUCCAUAACCAAUCCUAUACUGGUAAAUGCGGUUCAUUCUCUGUUCUCGAAAGAUUUCCAGUGGAAAAAAGUUCUCAACAUGGCUAAUCUCGGUUGCGCGGUCGGUUCAAACACUUUCUCCGUCAUUUUAACCGUCAAAGAAAACUUGGAGAGGAAAUGCAUGGAGUUAAAUUGCCAACCGCCAGAGCUUUAGGUUUACUUGAACUACCUGGUAAUGAUUUCAAUUCACUCUUCAAAGACUUGUCUAGAGUCGGUGAAGAUCAAAAGAGUGAUGUUCUUCUUCCAUGCUUUGUGAUGGGAGCUC